GCACAGCUCGAGCACAAGAAACUCGAACCAGCAAAGCCAAAGCCUUUCGCGAGUCAUACAUGACCAUCCUCGCAUACAGCAGUCUCUCACGCGUUGCCCAGCUCUUCACCGGUCAUCGUGCUGCAACCACCUUGCAACGAGCGUGUGCCCUGUCGUCUUCUUUGUCAACAACAGCUGCAGUGAGCCGAACCUUUGCAAGCAUGCCCAACAAGCCAACCGAGGGAGGCGUUUACUGCGGCGUGGACGCCAACGCCAAACCAAGCCAGUUCAACGCCGACCAAGACAAGUUUGCCGUGUCUGCGGAGGCUGCGAAGAAAGGCGCCUUCAAGCGCCCGGCCACGGCCUUCCACGGCCGCGUCACCGCCGACGGUUCCUCCGAGUUCCCGGCAGAGAAGGGCCGCUACCAUCUGUAUGUGGCGUGGGCCUGCCCCUGGGCACACCGCGCGCUGCUGGUGCACAAGCUCAAGGGCCUUGAGGACGCCAUCUCCGUCACGGUGCUCGACUGGUUUCUCGACUUUGGCAAUGGCGACGACCGCCCCUACCGCGGCUGGCCGUUCCGAAAGGAGGAUCCCGACCCGCUGCACCCGGAGUUUACGCAUCUGCACGACGUGUACCGCCUGGCCGACAAGGACUAUCCGCACAAGUCCAUCAGCGUACCCGUGCUCUUUGACAAGAAGCAGCAGACCAUCGUCAACAACGAAAGCGCAGAAAUCAUCGAGAUUCUCAACACGGAGUUCAAUGCGUUUGCGCGCAACCCCGACCUCGACCUGAACCCAUCCGACCUGGACCAGGCGCAGCGGGACAUCAAUGCGCUCGUGUACCCCAACAUCAACGACGGCGUGUACCGGUGCGGGUUUGCCGGGUCGCAGGAGGCCUACGACGAGGCCGUCACAAACCUGUUUGACACGCUUGACAAGUUGGAGGCCAUCCUGGAUAAGCAGCGCUACCUGUGCGGCGACCGUCUCACCCUCGCUGACAUCCGCCUUCUCCCAACACUGCUCCGCUUUGACAUUGUUUAUCACACACACUUCAAGUGCAACAAGCGGCGCAUCAAGGACUAUCCAAACCUGUUUGCCUUUGCGUGUGAGCUGUACCAGCUCCCGGGCGUCAAGGACACCUUCAACCCAACUGAGACAAAGAAGCACUACUUUGGGUCCCAUCUGAAGAUCAACCCACUGGGCAUUGUUGCUGUUGGCCCGCCCAUUGAAUUUGACAGCAAGCACGACCGUGCGGAACGCUUCCCCGUGUCAAGCGACCAGCGCCAGUGAACACAUGUGAUUGUGCCUUGGAGCAGCUCGCCGGCCCCUGUGAUGAUGAUAUCAUCUCACGUCACAGCACACACACACACACACACACACACA